AUGACGGAUGCCAGGGAUUAUCGCACGAACGCCGAUAACGGGUCGCUCACCGCAUUACUGGUUGUUCCGGCUGUUGCGGGUAGCAUGUUACUUCUGGCAAUCAGGAUGCAGCGCAACCAAACACCUCUGGCUUCUUCCCAGUGGCUCGUGGAGCCUCCAAUAAAUACAGGAAUCGAGCCUGGUCCUUUGCGCUCCCUGGUUCAUUCCCGACAUUACCUUGUCCAAUUGUCUACAUUCUGCUCGUUUCUUAUGCUUCUCCACAUCCUUCUAUCGUCCUUUUGGCAUGCCAUCUGCGCUCGAGUCCUCUAUAGGCCUACGAUUCCUAGUGAAGGAAAGCGGACGGUCUACUUUUUCACAUGUGCAAUUACGAUAACCAUAGCCAUUUUGGGACUCCGCUAUCUCACACACCUAGACCUUACGUUCAUAUCAUUGUGCUAUCAAUUCACUCUGUAUCUUUUAAUACGCCUUGCGAGGGGCGGCUUCACGCUCGGUGAAGUGGGUGUUGUCGCCCAAGCAUCAACAGCUCUCUUCACAGAGACAAUAAAUUUGACGUUGUAUCAUCAUGGUCCCGUUAAGAUUUGGCCACGACAAUACCCCAUCAUUCGUACUUUCCGGUUACCUGGCCCACUUCUUAUCUUCCAAUUGGCUCUUGUUCCUGGAGCGCUACUCUCGGGUGCUCUUCUCUCCCCACUCCUCGUACUCUCACGCAUCAACGCCCAAAAACCGUCACGGCGGCUUCGAUUUCCACACCAAAGAGAGCUUCAGCGGCGUAUUUUGGCAUUUGGAUUUUACAUCGGAGUAGGCGCCAUUGUGAUUGGGCCCGUUGGGGGAUGGACGCGUUGGUGUCUUUCUGGUCGGGACCCAUGGCUCUGGGUCAUCUUUUGGCUCAGGGAAGGUAAGGGCAAAUGGAGCCGCCCCGCACUUGUCGCGUUUUGGGUGCUGUCUAUCCUGCUGCUUGUGCAAGGCAAAAAGAGCCGAUUAUUACAUUCCAAGGAGCCUUCAUUGGGGGUCGGAGACGAUGGGAGUGGGAUUGCGCCGCAAUCGAGGGCUGCUGGAUUAAGGAUAUCAUUCCUUGGAUUGAAUGGGAGGCGGAAGUUUUUCCACGCUCUGGCCGUUGUGAUGUUUAUUCCCGGCAUUGUCCUUGAUCCGGCGUUUACCCAUCUGGCGUUCAGUGUCGCGUUCUCUUCGUUCAUCUUUGCGGAAUACGUGAGAUACUUUGCUCUGUAUCCGUUUGGCGCCUCCGUACAUUUGUUCUUGAGCGAGUUCCUAGACGAGAAGGACAGCGGUUCCGCCAUCUUGAGUCACUUCUAUUUGUUGACAGGCUGCGCCGGUCCGUUAUGGCUUGAAGGGUCAUCUCGCCUGUUGAAUUGCACCGGUGUAUUUAUUCUUGGUGUUGGUGAUGCGCUGGCAUCGAUUGCGGGGAAACGUUGGGGAAAGCACCGGUGGUCAGAAAAUUCUCCCAAAACAAUCGAAGGCACAAUCGCGUUCUGGCUUGGAGCUCUAGGCUUUCCCCUGGCUCUGUCGACAUUGGGGAUUGUCGAACGUUUCUCCGGAUGGCGAUACACGAUUGCCGCCCUUAUGUCGGCGUGCCUCGAGGCAUUUUCGAUGCAGAAUGAUAACUUGUUAUUGCCUAUUUAUAGUUGGAGUUUGUUGGUAGCGAUAGAUGUUGGAUGA